AUGAGUUAUAGCAGAGUAUUGCAAAGCAAUGGCCUAGAGGGCCUACGAGAUAGGUUAAGUGAUUAUGGUGUAAACUAUAUCGUUAACAAUAUUAAAACAUCAGAAGCAUGGUUACGGUUUGCAAAAUAUUAUCCACCAAAAUAUAUACGCAAACGUUUAUUAAAAUUAGGAUAUGAAAUAAAUAAUAGAGAUUACUGGGAAAAUUCUGUAUUUCGUAUCAAAAAUAAUUUAACCAACCACCAGCAAAUAGGUAAUGACCCUAAAUAUAGGGAUUUUAAAAUUCAAUUAGCAUUAUAUGAAAAAGGUCAUGCAUUAUUAAUUAUCCAGAAGACAUAUCAUUUAUGGAGAAAAAAAAUUAAUUCCGCUAAAAUAAUCCAGCAUGCAGUAAUUAAAUGGCUUUAUAGACCUGGUGGAUCAUUUAUGAAGCAAGCCAAAGAUCGAUAUCAUCAACGGGUAAAUCGAAAACCGGGAUACCGAAACCCUUAUCCUUCACCUGGCCUAAAGCUUGACGAUGAGGACUUCGCUAUUAUCCGCAAACGAAAAAUCGAUGGCCAAGUUUUUCUCAAGUUGACCAAAGACGAUUUCAUGCAGGCAGGAUUGGAAAUGGGACCAGCUAUAAAACUCGCCGAUGAAGUCAAAUCUCUCAAGACCAUGCCGAAGCGUCCGUUCUCCUCAUACCACAGUUUGAAAGAAGUGCUGGCAAAAUAUGGAAUGGAAUCCGAAGGCAUAGACGCAAUUCCACUAUUCAGUCCGCCGAUCCCUCACAGUAUUCAGGAUGACGAUGUGUAUUUCGAAGAAUGUAUCACGGAAAUUAACAAAAGGCUAAGGGAUUAUGGUACCUUAUACCCGGAUAGUUUGGAAGCCAUGCGUAAUGAAAAAUAUACUAAUAAAACUGAUUUCGCUAACACUUUAUUAUUCCAGGAUUCUGAGGAUCUUAUUUGCAUCACGGAGGACAAACAGCAUAAAAUUCCUAUGGGCUUUGCGCAGAACAUCAAACAGCUAGAAAGUUCAUUCGAAACUAACAAGAGAAAACGCAAGCGGGAUGAGGCAUUCGAUGACGACUUCGACUAUCUCUACGGUAUUGUAACCACAGGGCGGGAUUGGCACUUCCUGUUAUAUAGUCCAGGUGAAAUUGCACAGGCAAGCGAAUCCGCCUAUACGAUCGAAUUUAACAAAAAAUCCUUGGAUAAGGACUCGGAAGAAUACACACAAUAUACAAUUGUUUCGCUAAGAGAAUUAAACACCAAGCUUACAGUUGAGAUUAGCGAACUAAGAAAGAAGUAUGCUGAGCUUGAAGCUAAUAAUAUCGAA